CCGCCACUUGGAUUCACGUGGAAAAGCAGCAACGUUAGUGCUGCUGUUGCUGGCAGGAACCCGAAUAAAGACAUAAAAUGACGCAGUUGGACGGUGUUGUAAAACCCAAGACGAAGCGCUCCAAGCGUUUCUUGGAGGGCAGAGCACCCAAGCUGAUUGAGAAUGUGAAGUCUGCCAUGAUUAUGAAAGGUGGGAACGCCAGUCAACUCGUCACCCAGGCCCUCAAGGACAUAUAUGCCCUGAAGAAGCCCAGCGCUGUGCUGUACAAGAAGAAGAACAUAACAAGGCCGUUUGAGGACUCAACAUCACUGGAAUUUUUCUCCAAGAAGACAGACUGCUCCCUGUUUCUGUUUGGCUCCCACAACAAGAAACGACCCAACAACCUCAUAUUUGGUCGUCUGUUUGACUUUCAUGUGCUUGAUAUGAUUGAACUUGGAAUUGAGAAGUACGUCUCUCUGAGUGAUAUUAAGGCCAGUAAGUGUCCCGAGGGGACCAAACCAAUGCUUGUGUUUGCAGGGGAGGCUUUUGAUACGGACAAUGAACUCAAACGUCUGAAGAGUCUGCUUAUAGACUUCUUCAGAGGUCCCACAGUAACUGCAGUGCGUCUAGCAGGUUUGGAGCAUGUUCUGCACUUCACUGCCCUGGAUGGGAAAAUCUACAUGCGCAGCUACAGGUCUCUCUUGAAGAAGUCUGGGUGCAGGACGCCACGGAUAGAGCUUGAGGAGAUUGGGCCAUCAUUUGACUUAGUCCUAAGAAGAACACAUCUGGCUUCAGAUGACUUGUACAAGUUAGCUCACAGACAGCCAAAGGCUCUGAAGGCCAAGAAGAAGAAGAAUAUUUCCCAUGAUGCCUUUGGUACCAAGUUUGGCCGGGUACACAUGCAGAAGCAGGAUCUGUCCAAGCUGCACACACGUAAGAUGAAGGGCCUAAGGAAGAGGAAGGGGGAGGUGGUCGCUGAAGACCAGGACGGACAGGCACCCAAAGUAGCCAAAGCAGAGAGCUGAGGACUGGUCACAUGCCUGUCAUUGCUAGCUUUUACAACCAUGAAGAGUGUAAGCAGUCAUCAGGCAAAGAGGAUGCAAAUGUAUUGUUCCUGCCCCCAUUGUGUUUUCCCCUUUUCCAUGUGAUUUUCAGAUGGUUCUUUGUCUCAGUGCUCUGGUAAAACCACACAAGCAUCAGAAAAAGGUGAAGUCCAAUAGAUGUUAUAUAUUAUGUAUAGUUGUAUGGGAAGUCUACUUGAGUCAGUGGUUUCUUCUCUAAGUUAAAGUGUGAAAAAGUUAAUUUCACUGUUGGCACUCACUUUAACAGAAAUAAACUGUCUACU